AUGUCUGAAAUAAUAUCAAAGCUGAGAUACUCACGUUUUCGUCACGUGUAUUCUAAAAGUGUACGACGCAGCGAGUGGUAUGAUACGGGCGCUGGACACGGACUGGCAGUGGCUGCCAAUCCAAAAAUGAUUGCAUUAGCGAUUGAUGUUCCCGCAGGGGGCAUUGUGCAAGUUGCAAAGCUAUAUCAUAUGGGAAGGGGACGGAUGGAAGUGGGCAAAAUUAAAGACCAUGAAGGUGCAGUAUGUGAUGUGAAAUGGAAUCCUUUUAAUGACAAUGUUUUGGCUACUGGAUCACAAGAUGCUACAGUGCGCAUUUGGCAUAUUGAUGAUAUGCUUAGGAUUCACUGUCUACGGAUAUGUCGAGAGCAUUCUCGACGUGUUCACACGGUUGAAUGGCACUGUACAGUUGAUAACGCGGUGUUUUCAGCAUCAUUAGACGGUCGAGUAGUGUUGUGGAAUAUUGAAACAGAUCAAGUUGUGUACAAAAUUGAGGAUUGCUAUGCUGUGUCAAUUAGUUUAAGUUAUAAUUGCUCCGAAUUGGCAUUGAUAACAAGAUCACGCGAAUUAUCAAUUUAUGAUGCGCGCACGGGUGAAAAACAGCGUAAUACGCAGGUUGUUCAUGGUGGUACUAUGCUUUCAAGAGUUUUGUUCCACGGAAUACCUGGCAAAGAUAGACAUGAACGUGUAAUUACAACCGGUAGUUCUCGAAGUACCAGACGACAAGUAGCAAUCUACGACUGUCAAACUUUGGAUUCCCCUCUUGCAGUAGUUGAUGUUGAUGGUGGUUCGGGAUUGCUUAUACCAAUUAUUGAUAAUGAUCUCAAUAUGCUGUAUAUUGCUGGAAAAGGGGAUGCAAAUAUUCGGUUUUAUGAAUUAUUAAAUGAAGCACCAUUUAUCUCAUACUUAAACGAAUCUUCGGGUACUAAAGCACAUACAACAGUAUGUUCACUCCCCAAACGUGGCUUAAAUAUUCUUCAGUGCGAGAUUAUGCGUAUAUUUAGAGUAGAUGCUGAACAGCUAGUCAUCGAGCCAUUAUCAUUUUUUGUUCCAAGAAGAGCUGAUGGAUUUCAAGCUGAUUUAUUUCCAGCUACACGUUCACCUACUCCUUCGUUAACUUUCCGAGAAUGGCAUGCUGGAUUGAGUCGAGAGCCCAUAAUGCUUGAAUUAAAAGAUUGCCUUCUGAAUUGUACCAAUAAACCAGUAACUUUUGCUAGGGAAAGUAAUCGAACUAAACUAAUGAUUGCUGAUGUUAACAACGAUCGAAAGUUUCGCUUCUUAUCACAGGUAACAAAGCCUGAUUAUCGAGAGGUAACUGAUCGAGAAGAUCGUGAAGAGUUGCUUAAAGUAGAAAGAAUUAAGGCAAAACUCGCAGCUGAAGCAGCGGCAGAGAUUGACAAGGAAUAUACUGUAAAUAAUGAGAUAAGCAAAUCAAAUGGAGUAGUGCACAUUGGAAGAGAAAACAGUGAAAAUAAUCAAAGUAGGCCUAUCAGUUUUAUCGCUUCAAGUAGUGUAACAGGUGAUCAAGCUGAUAUGAUCACACUGAGUGACAAAAAUUGGUCGUUAAGUCCUCGGAUUGCUGGAGUUGUCGAUCGAACGCUAUCACAUCUUUCUAUGAAAUCUUCAAAUGGUAUAGCAUCAAAAAUCAGUUCUACACGAAGUAUUUCGACGGAUGAACGAUCUAUAACAGAGCAUUCUAUUCGAGAUCAAGACGUGCUGAUAAAGCCAGUACAACGCUAUAGUUCUCCAAUCUCAUGUAAAUCAAGUAUGGGGGCGAUUAGAAUUGAAGAAAGGCAACAAGGCGAUAGCACAUCCAAUGCUGGAGAUGGUUUUUCUGAAGAAGCUAUGGAAAAUGUUCUGAGGGAAAUGGAUCGCGAAUUAUACCAGUGUCGAAGCAGAUGUGAGCAGCUGGAAAAAAUUGUUCAACUACAACAGAUAUUGAGGAAGAUAUUGAGAACGUACAAACGUUGCGACGAGUUGGAAAUGUUGAUCGAGAAGCAAAAGCAAGAUAUUGACAGUUUACGAUACGAAAUUCACUGGAAAGACAGUCGAAUUGAUUUUCUUCAAACUCAAUUACAACAACUUGACGUGGCUCACGCUGCUACUUCACGAUCCUCCUGA